AUGGCGGGCGGUCUCGUCAAGUACAGGCAUUUGAGCCGCAACUCGUCGGCACGACAGGCCCUCCUCCGUGGCCUCGUCACCUCCCUCGUCGCCCACGAGCACAUCCACACCACCUACGCCAAGGCGAAGGAGGCCCAGCGCCUCGCCGAAAAGCUCAUCACCUACGCGAAGCGGGACAACGAGGAGACGAGGCGGAAAGCCCAGGCCAUUCUCUACACCCCCCACGACCUCCUCCCCAAGCUCUUCGGCGAGCUGCGCGAGCGCUACUCCGAGCGCCCCGGCGGCUACACGCGAGUGCUGCGCACCGAGCCGCGGAACACCUAUGAUCAGGCGCCCUCGGCCAUCCUUGAGCUCGUCGACGGGCCCCGCGAUGCCCGCUUCAUGAUGACGGCCAAGGCCGUCGCCUUCGACAAGGACGCCGGCAAGAAGCACACGGAGCUGACCAAGAAGAACGUCGCCAAGGUCACGAGGUACCGCAAGGACGGCAAGUCGGUCUUCGCCGACAUGGUCGCCAGCUUCCGCCAGCUCACCGCUAGGAGCAACGGCGGCAAGGGGAAGAAGGCCGUGACGGAGGAGGCCGAGGCGUGA